CAAAGCAUAGAAAUGUAAUUCGCUCUGCUGUAUAUGUAUGUGUAAACUUGUGAAUGGAUUUGUGACAAAUAUUAUUAUUUUGCUGUUGUUGAACUCGAUUCAGAAUUUGAAAUUACAUCAUUUUUUGAGUAGGAGAAAAAAUACGAAAAGCCAGCAACCAUGACGGAGCGUCACAUGGAGCUAGAAAGUGAGCGCCUGGCUACAUUUACAGAAUGGCCAUCAAAUGCUCCCGUCACAGUGAGGGAUUUGGUAGCAAAUGGAUUUUUUGCCACAGGGAAUUGGCUGGAGGUGGAAUGUAAUUGGUGUCAUGUUCGAAUCGAUCAGUGGGAAUACGGUGAUCAGGUGGCAACGCGACAUGCAAUUGUCUCUCCCAUCUGCUCGAUGGUUUUGGCGCCGAAUCAUUGUGGGAAUGUGCCCAUAGCCAGGACCGGCCAGUGCAAUGAUACGGAAGGCAAUAGCAUCGUCGAUGGAGGAGGUAACAGACAGCAAGAAGAGCAAACUUUAGGCCAACCCGAUUUACUUGUGGAAAAAAAUCGAUUAGAUACAUUCACGAAUUGGCCAAAUCCCAACAUUACACCCCAAUCCUUGGCCAGGGCGGGAUUUUAUUAUUUAAAUCACCUGGAUCAUGUGAAGUGCGUGUGGUGCCGCGGUGUAAUAUCCAUGUGGGAGAAAAAUGACAAUGCUUUCGAUGAGCAUCGCCGUUUAUUCCCCGACUGCCCGCGUGUACAGAUGGGACCACUUAUCGAGUUUGCCGCUGGCAAGGACUUGAAUGAGUUGGGUAUACAACCUAGAAGUCGACCACAACGUCCUAAAUAUGAUACCUUAGAGGCUCGAUUAAAAACAUUCGAUAAUUGGCCAAUUUCAAAUAUACAAGCGCCUGAGGGUUUGGCUCUAGCAGGACUCUUCUACCAGAACAUUGACGACCAGGUGCGAUGCUUUCAUUGUGACAUUGGCCUAAGAUCCUGGGAAAAAGAGGACGAGCCGUGGCACGAGCAUGCCAAAUGGUCACCAAAAUGUCAGUUUCUUCUCUUGGCCAAGGGUCCGAACUUUGUACACGAAGUAAUCAACCCGCCUGCUGUCAGUCAGAUGGACACUCUAAUGGUUGCGAAUCCAGCUAAGGAAGCAGUAGCACUUGGUAUCGAUGGGGGAGUGGUGCGAAAUGCCAUACAACGUAGAGUAUGCGAUUCGGGCAGUCCCUUUGACACUUUAGAAGAUCUACUCCAGGCGAUAUUCGAUGAGGCUGGUGGUAAUGGAACUGCACUAGAAAUGACAGAGCCUUUGGCACAAGCUCUACAGCCCUCUGCCACACCCGAGCCAUCGGCGCCAAUGUUGGUUGCAGAUUCCAUUCCGGUACCCACCACCAGCAAGGCAGCAGCGCAACAGCAGAAUAUCAAAAAGGAAAAGAAAGAGCCAACUGAACAGCAAGCCACUACCAAUGGAAACAGUCUGUCCUUGGAGGAGGAGAAUCGCCAACUGAAAGAUGCUCGCUUGUGUAAGGUCUGCUUGGACAAUGAGGUGGCAGUGGUAUUUCUACCCUGUGGUCAUUUGGUCACCUGCAAUCAGUGUGCUCGUGUGGUGGAGUGCCCUUUAUGCCGUACCCCUAUUAAAGGAUAUGUUCGAGCGUUUCUACCGUAAACCUGAACUUUUGGAGCAACAUUAUAGCUAGCUUUAGAAAAAGAUUUUUACAACCUACGCAUAUUCCAUUGCAUCGAUUUAUGGACUCGACCUCUAUCACAUCACAAGCAAUGCUUGAUGCACCCAAAAAUGGAAUAUACUCCUUAUGAAUUUUGUCUACUAAGUACUUGUGUAACUACGACUAAGGUAAUGGGCGAUCGAGAUAAUUAGAGAUAUGGGUUAUUAUGUGGCACCUAUUAAUUGUUUUUUUUUUUUCGUUUAUAGUAAUUACAUAUCUAUAUUGCUAAGAGCUCUUGUCUGUUAUCUCAAAUAUGUUAAAGUUUAAAUUCGUUGCUUAUAUUUGUUUUGCUUUUAAAAUGUUGAUCAUGCAUAUAUAACUGAAAACGUCUCGAUUCGAAUAGUUUCAAAGCCUGCGACCUUGUCAUAGAUCUAUUUUCCUUGUCAUUGUACCUACUAUUUAAGAAAAAGUUUUGUUGACACUGUUUAUAAUGCCGCUGAUAGUAUGAAAUGUACACAAAAUCCAAAUUACUAAAAUAUAUAAAUGUUAAACUAAA